UGCAUAAGCUGCCGUAUGUACUGUCAAAAAAUGAACGAAAAGCCUGUCAAAUGCAUAACGAACGCAGAGCAAACAUUUGAAUGACUAUAAUGUGCUUACAUGCAGAAGAAGAAAGUGUCAAUAAGCAAUUUGUGUUUUGGUUUUGUUUCGUUUGAAUUUUGCAAAAAUGAACAGAAAGUUAAAAUAUUUAAAAACAAUAAAAAUCCUUACGUCUGUUUUAGACGGAAUACGCAUAUUGACAGAAAUUAGUGAAAUUACAAAAAAAAGAGUUCGGUCGUGUUCAGUGAGGGAAAUAAACAGAAAGAGGAAGAAGGAUGGUUUCUUUGUACGAUUCCUGGAAAUGAAGAGGAUUGACCACGAUGAUUUUUUUAUAUACACUCGAAUGACGCCACAAGUAUAUGGGCUUUUGCUUACUCUUGUUGAGCCCUUUUUAAAAAAGAAUUCGUUGAGGGAGUCUGUGCAACCGGAAUGCCGAUUAGCUUUGACAUUACAAUAUUUGUCACAAGGAACUUCGUUUCAAUCAUUGGCAUGGUCAUUUCAACUGAAGUCCUUUGGACGAAGUUAGGCGCUGUUUAUGUAUCUGAGCUUAAUGAAGAAGAUUUCAAGCAAAUUUCUCAAGACUUCUUUCGAUGCCCACCUAAAAGCGGUAGUCAAUUUUUCUGCUACAAAAAAUUUGUUUCUAUUGUGUUGUUAGCAGUGUGUGAUGCCCGAUAUUGGUUUACCUAUAUAGAUAUUGGUGCAUAUGGAAGUCAGAGUGAUGGUGGUAUUUUUCAAGUGAGUCGAUUGGGAAAGAGGUUGCUAGAUCACAUACUUCCCAUCUCUCCAGCGAAAAACUUACCAAAUACGCAACUACAAACUCCACACUUCUUCGUUGGUGAUGCUGCCUUUCCUUUAGGGAUAAAUUUAAUGCGCCCAUACCCUGGGGGAAUGCUACCAAAUGAAAAAGAGAUUAUUAAUAAAAGAUUAUCAAGAGCUCGUCGCACAAUUGAAAACUCUUUUGGAAUACUAGUAGCGCGUUAGCGAGUUUUACUAACAACAUUGCAUUUAUUUCCGGAAAAUGCAGAAAAAAUUGUUUUAGCGUGCGUUGCCUUACAUAAUUUUAUUAUGUUUAAUAACGUGAAUGCAUCUUCGUAUAUUGCAAGCAACUAUGCUGAUUGGGAGGACUCUAAUGGUGAUUUUCAUGACGGAUUAUGGUGUAGAGAAGUUGAAAGUAAUAUCUCAUCGAUUAUGCAAUCUUCCAAUUUGCAUCAUUACGAUGGAAGAAGUUCUUUGGAAAUUAGAAAUAACUUAUGCAGUUUUUUUAACACUUUUUAAAACAUAUUCUAAAAUCACAUAUCUAACAUCAUUUCGAACUUGUUUAUUUCUUUU